UUGGUUCGGAACAAAUUGCUGGCGGUAUAUUGUGUGUUGCGAUUGCAAAAAGGUAAACAUAGUUCCCAAGCGAACCAGUUGUACGCUUUCGCAAAAAGACACAGAACUAUCGGAUAUUUAGACCAACGCUCUGAACGAAGAAUAGGUGAUCGUGUGAGACGUGCACGGAACAGGGCAGUUGAAUCGGAUCACGCAAAAUGGUCAAAAUAGAAGACUUUAAGCUGUCCUGCGAGCUGACGGGCCACAAGCUGGACGUGCGUGCGGUAGCCGAGGGGAAAGGCUUUAUAGUGUCCGGUUCCCGCGACAAAACCGCCAAGGUUUGGAGUGCUACUGGCAAUGGUUAUGAAGAUACGGCAACGUUAAAGAACCACACCAACUAUGUCGGCGCGGUGCUGGUGGUGGAGGCGAACGGAUGGGUGUGCACCGGAAGCAACGAUGCGACGAUCUGCGUGUUCCAGUAUCCUGGCCCCCCGGAGCCAAUCGGGGUGCUGAAAGGACACACCUCAACGGUAUGUGCGCUGGCAGCGGGACACAACGCGACGACACUGAUCUCCGGCAGCUGGGACAAGACGGCCAAAAUUUGGACCAAUGCACCCGGUUCGAUGACGAACCUGACGCUUGUCGGCCAUGAGGCAGCCGUGUGGGCUGUGGCAUGCCUUGCGAACGGCAAGUACAUCACCGGCUCGGCCGACAAGAACAUCUUUGUGUGGAACGAAAAGGGCGAAAAGCUGGUGGUGCUCAAGGGACACAAGGAUUGUGUGCGGGGGCUUUGUGCGUUGCCGAAGGGAGGAUUCCUUAGCUGCUCGAACGAUGCCACCAUUCGCUACUGGAAUGAUACGUACGAGUGCGUUAAGGAGUUCCAUGGUCACAGCAAUUACAUCUACUCCAUUGCCCGGUCGGACGCGUGGGGCGAUGAAAUAUUCGUCAGCGGUGGGGAAGACAGUACCAUUCGCAUGUGGCACCUAAAGGAAGGCGCCCUCGGUGAGGCUCUACAAAUGCCGGCCCAAUCCGUUUGGGCGCUGGCGGGAUUACGCAACGGGGACAUCGUGAGCGGCACUAGCGAUGCCACCGUGCGAGUAUUUACGGCCAGCGCAGAACGUGCGGCUUCCGAUGAGCUCCAGGCAGCGUACCGUGUAGCGGUCGAAGUGCGUCAAUCUGAAUCGGCCAAGCAACUCGGUGGCAUGAAUGUGAACGAUUUGCCCGGUCCCGAAUCGCUGCUCUCCGAGGGCCGCGACGGGCAGACGCGCAUCGUGCGACACCCGAACGGAAAGAUUCUCUGCUACCAGUGGACGAACGGCAAGUGGGAGUGCGUUGGUGACGUGAUGGGCGCGAGCGAUGGAGACACCGGCAAGCAGCUGUACGAAGGGCGGGAGUACGAUUACGUGUUUUCCGUCAACCUCUCCGACGAUGCGCCCAAUCUGAAGCUUCCCUACAACCGCGGUGAGGACCCAUGGUUUGUGGCGCAGCGGUUCAUCCACAAGCAUAAUCUCCCGCAAGUCUACCUCGAGCAGGUGGCCAAUUUCAUUGUGAAAAACUCCGACAAUGCACCGGUGGCGAGUGCGAUAGGAAAUAGCUAUUACGAUCCGUUCACCGGUGGGUCUCGUUAUGUGCCCGGUUCGUCGGCGGAAGCGUCCCAGUUUCGGCCCGACGCGGUCAACACGGACCCUUUCACGGGUGGCUCGAGCUAUACCACGCAAACACCGAACGUCUCGCUCUCAACGAACGCAGCCAAGCCAGCUAAUGGGGCCGGAAACUUGGACCCUUUUACCGGUGGCUCUAGCUACACAACCGGAUCGAGUGAGGUGAAAAAAAGUAAUACUCACUUCCCCCAUCACCACUACGUUAUGCUGGAAAAUGCAGAUCUCUCGAAGGUGCUAGUAAAGCUAAAGGAAUUGAACAGCAAUAUCGAGGACCCCUCCGGAAGUAUCCGCAUGUCGGAUGACACACUUGACGACAUCGUACGGUAUGCAGCGGAAGUAGUGUCCUCCCCCGAGCAGAACUCCGUUUGCCUGACGGCACUCAAGUUUCUCUACACCAACUGGCCGACGGAGAAACUGUUCCCCAUCAUGGACAUAACGCGGCUGAUCGUGCGUGAGGCACGCGCCUGCCACGAACUGUUCAAUGAUGCAGCCUUCUUCAGCACCUUUCUGCAGCAUGUGAACCACCUGCCGGCGAACCAGCUGAUGGCCGCCCGUUGCUUCACAAACAUGCUAGCGCACCAGGCCGGUCGCAACGUGGUAGUAGAAAACAUCCGUGCGAUCGUCGAUCGAUUCAACAUGAUCCGCGGUGGCAGUGCUAACCUUCAAAUUGCGUUGGCCAGUUUCUACCUGAACCUCUCGAUGACGCAACUGGAUAAGCUUACGUCCGUCGACUUCUGCAGGGUGCUGGGCGGUACCAUCGGGGAGCUGCUCAGCUGGCUGACGGAUAACGAGGCGACGUACCGGGCCUACCAGGCGCUCGGUAAUUUGCUGAGCAUCAAGGGAGCCGGGAUGGGUGCGGUGGCCGAUACGUUGAAAGCGAACGGUGCGCUGACGGACAAGAUACUCUUCAACAUUAGCAGCGAGCAGCCCAACUUCGCAAAGCUCAACGAAUGUGCAAGCUAUCUGUACGAGUUGUUGGCCUGAAGGGAAACAAAAGACUUGGCAUUGGAAAAAAGGUGCGCGUAUAGCGGGCAACAUUAGGAAGGCUAUCCAAGGAUCUUUCAGUUAUUUUAAUCUAGAUUAUGCUUUACGAAAAUUUAAUAAAUCUUGAUUUGAACGAUUGGAAAAUUCUACGCAUGAAAA